AGGAGUUAUCUUUCAUACUAUCAUGUUAGUACGCUCGGCAUUCUUAUCGACACUACUCGUAUACGUCAUGGCCUCCGGUAGAGCUGCCACCAACCGUACGCUGGUCACGAUAUCUUAUCGUGGGGCCCGACUCGACAUCCGUCAUGUACCGAAUAUGAUGGCACAGGCCAUCGCUGGUUCCGGUGGAGAGACAUACACCCUCAGUCAAGACGACCGUGAGUGUGAGCGAUGCUUCGCAAAAGAUGGCAUGGUGUAUGACUUGAAGGCGAUAGGGAUACAGAUUGUAGAGUCUCAGUGCUCAGUUGGUCACAGUCAAAUUCUGAACUACUUGAGGAAAGCCGAAGAUAUGCUAGGUAUUGAAUUUCAGUGUGAGCCCGACUCCGAGGUAAGUCUUAUCCCGUACCCCCCGUCGCAUACAACCCAAGGAUCUGCUACUUGUACUGGCGGCAAUCCGGUUCUCGGCACCAACGACCCCGGCUCUUCCUGCCAGCGUAAUCUCGAGGUCAUCCACAUCGGUGCGGCCUGGCGAGCAGCUCGCUCGGCUGGACGUGAGCUGAAGGAUGUCGUCCUAGCCAUCAGUGACAGCGGUGUUGACAUGACCCAUCCUGAUUUGGUCAAUCAAUUCUGGAGGAACCCAGCUGACAACUCUAUCGGUUACAACUUCGUAACGAACACUACGGAUGUUACUGAUAACUAUGGCCAUGGUACUCAUUGUGCUGGUAUCGCGGCCGCUCAGACCAAUAAUAGCAUCGGCAUUGCAGGUGUGGCGAAUAUUGAUGGGUCGGUGCCUCAUGUGAAGCUGAUGAUAUUAAAGUUCCUUGAUGGUUUUGGAUAUGGCACUAUUAGUAACGAAAUGAGGGCCCUCAACUUCGCAGUUGAGAAUGGGGCUACAGUGUCCUCCCAUUCGUAUGUCGGUGCUUACACAAAUUCAGUUGAAAGAACUGGUUUCAAGAACGCUGCUGCUGCUGGGCAUGUUGCGGUUACCGCUGCCGGUAAUACAGGAGCCAGCCUGGACAAUGCGCCAUAUUAUCCUUGCUCCUACGCGGAAGACUUCACACCUAUGCUCUGCGUCGCUGCCAGUACCUCUGACCCAACCAAGACCGUCUCUAUGGCUGACUUUUCGAAUGCUGGCUCGGUUACGAAGAUCGCCGCUCCCGGUGUUGAUAUCUACUCGACGAUGCGAUUUGAAUCAUAUGGUUAUAUGAGUGGUACAUCGAUGUCGACUCCUACGGUUGCCGGUGCCGCGGCUUUACUGGCUACUUUGGGUCUCAAAGGCCAGAGUAUAACGGACACUAUCAUCAAUUCUAGGACAGCUGGUAUACCCAAUAAGUUCAAUCUGCCUGAUAUAGGAGAAGUGGACGCUCUCAAGGCUGUUCAAGAGGCUCUUAAACAAGUUUCCAGCCGCUCCUUCCGAGGUGAAUAA